UGCCACUGCUAAGUUAUGUUAUUUAAUUUGAUAACAGAGCACAGACAUGUUGGGUCCACAAACUUCAACCUACUCAGCAGCAGGAGCCAUACAAUAUUUUCCCUGACUGUAGAGAGUAGUCCAUGUGGUGAAAAUAGUGAAGGAGAAGCAGUAGCACUGUCUCAAUUGAACCUCAUCGAUCUGGCAGGUUCUGAGAGCUCAAGGGCUGAAACAACUGGCAUGAGAAGGAGAGAAGGAUCUUACAUCAAUAAAAGUCUUCUAACUCUCGGAACUGUUAUUUCAAAAUUGACUGAAGGCAGAGCUAGUCAUAUACCUUACAGGGACUCCAAAUUAACUAGACUACUUCAGUCUUCUCUCAGUGGUCAUGGACGUAUAUCUCUCAUUUGCACGGUAACACCUUCAUCAAGUAAUGCUGAAGAGACACAUAAUACUUUGAAGUUUGCUCACCGGGCAAAGCACGUUGAAAUACAAGCAGCUCAAAAUACGAUAAUUGAUGAAAAGUCACUUAUCAAGAAAUACCAGCAUGAAAUUCAGCGCUUAAAGGAAGAAUUGGAGCAAAUGAAGCGGGGUGUUGUCUCUAUUCAGCCGAAAGAAACUGGUGAAGUUGACUUUGUGCUCCUAAAACAAAAGCUAGAAGAUGGUCAUGUCAAGUUGCAAUCAAGAUUGGAGGAAGAAGAGGAUGCUAAAGCUGCUUUAUUAGGAAGAAUUCAACGCUUGACUAAGUUAAUUUUGGUCUCCACUAAACCAUCACACUCAACUAGAUUUUCUAACCGUCCUGGUCCUCGUAGAAGACAUUCUUUUGGGGAAGAAGAGUUGGCAUACCUUCCAUACAAAAGAAGGGAUUUAAUCUCAGACGACGAGAACACUGAUCUGCAUGUUAAUUUAGAGGGGAAUGUGGAAACAGCUGAUGAUUCUUAUAAGGAGGAGAAAAAGACAAAGAAACAUGGGUUACUAAAUUGGUUGAAGAUGCGGAAACGAGAUACUGGGUUAAGUGCCUUUUCAGGCACCAGUGAUAAAUCAUGUGGAACAAAAUCUGUUAGCACACCUUCUACUCCUCUUGCAGAGUCCAGACAUUCCCAUUCUCUACCUGCACAAAGCUCUCCGGCAGAUUUUGUAUCAUCAACAAGAGAGGACAAAGAAAUUCACGAGGAUAGAGUAUUGGGACAAGAGACACCUUUGAUAAGCGUUAAAUCAAUUGAUGAGAUUGAUCUAUUGAGGGAGCAACAAAAGAUUCUGUCAGAAGAAGUAGCUCUUCAUUCAAGUACUUUGAAGAGAUUGUCUCAGGAAGCUGCAAGAAACCCUCAAAUGGAUCAGAUUCAUGUGGAGAUGGAAAGGUUAAAAGAUGAAAUUAGGGCUAAGAAGGAACAAAUAAAUUUUCUGCAAAAGCAAAUUGCUGAUUCUAUCAUUGCCUCAGAUAAGUUGGAUGAAUCAGGGAAUCUCACCGAGCUAAUGACACAAUUAAACGAAAAAUCCUUUGAACUGGAGGUCAAAACAGCAGAUAACCAUAUAAUCCAAGAACAGCUUAAUCAGAAGAUCCGUGAAUGCGAAAGCCUUGAAGAAACAGUUGGCUCUCUGAAACAGCAGCUUGCAGAUGCACUGGAGUUGAGAAACUUAAGGCCUAUAUCCAAUCAAUCUCAACAUUGCUCUGUAACCAAAGGCUACCAUGAUGAACCUUACCUUGAAAAGGAAACUGCCACGAUAAACAAUUCUAACGAAAAAAUUCUUUUGCAACGGCAGGCAAGCGAGAUAGAAGAGCUAAAGCAGAAGUUGGCGGAACUAGGAGAAUCAAAAGAACAGCUAGAACUUCGGAAUCAUAAACUGGCAGAAGAGAGUUCAUAUGCUAAAGACCUAGCUUCUGCUGCUGCCGUUGAGCUUAAGGCGUUGUCAGAAGAAGUUGCGAAACUAAUGAACCAGAAUGAGAGAUUAUUGGCUGAGCAGGCUGUAUUGAAGAACUCUCCUGGCCAACGUAGAAAUAGUGGAACUGGAACAGUCCGAAGUGGAAAAAGAGAAAGUCAUGUUAGAAGAAAUGAUCAGGGUGGAUUAAACUCUGAUAUAAAGAGAGAACUGGCCUUGAGUAAAGAAAGGGAACUUUCAUACGAAGCUGCUCUUUUAGACAGGGAUCACAAAGAAGCCGAGCUUCAAAGGACGAUUGAAGAAUCAAAGCAAAGAGAAGCAUACCUGGAAAAUGAACUUGCCAACAUGUGGGUUCUUGUAGCUAAGCUAAAAAAGUCACAGGGAGCUGAAACCGAUGUUUGACAUUUCAUAUGAUCCUGUGUUAGUGAGUUUGAGUUACUAUCCAUUACGACAAUUGGAGAGGAUUGGAGAGAGAGAGAGAGAGAGAGAGAGAGAGAGAGAGAGAGAGGGGUGUGCAAUGAUUGGGAUCAGGAAAGUCUGGUUUUUGGCAUUCGUCCAUGAAAAGGGGUUUCCAACCCAGUUUGUGUAUACGAAUGAUGAUUGCUUCCCACCUAGCUAUCUUAGUGAUUUUCCCCCUUAAAA